AUGUCUCGGUGGCAGUGGAACACGUGCCGCUCCCAGGUUGCCAGUGUUCCUACCAGACAGUCUAACAGGACUCGUCUUAGAGCGACGGCCUGUCUGGACCUCGAGGAGCUGGAUGGAUCAGCUAGAUCUCUGUUUGCCGGGAUCACCCCGCUGCCACCAACCGAGUUGACUCUGUGCAGGUUUGUUGCCUACUUAGCUUCCGAGAGGCUUAGAGCCCAGUCCAUCUUGGGCUACCUCUCAGCGAUCCGGCAUUUGUUUAUUGAGGCUGGUCUGCCACCGCUGCCUAGAGAAGUCUGCCCGCGACUGCAGUAUACUCUCCGAGGGGUCACGAGGUCCCAGAUUGCCCAGCCUGCCCCUCAAAAACUCCCAAUCACUCCUCGCAUCUUGCUAGCCCUCAAGUCGGCCUGGGAGUCGGGGAUAGUCGAGGUAUCAAUGGCUCGCCUGUUGUGGGCCUUAUCUCUGACAGCCUUUUUUGGGUGUUUUCGAAUAAGUGAGCUAACUGUCAAGGACUUAUCCUCACCACCAGCAAUCAGGGUCUCGGAUGUGUCAUUUGACCAGUCACCUGCGUGGGCCCUUCUUCUGCUUAGGUUCUCCAAGACAGACCCCGGGGGCACCGGCGUAUCGGUAGUCAUUGGGGCUACCGGCGGCCCCUUGUGCCCUGUCCAAGCUUUGGCUAACUAUCUGACCGUACGUUCCCGAGCUCCCGGUCCUUUGUUUGUGCUGCACAAUGGCCGGCCUAUCUCUUGGGAGUGCUUUGUCGGGUAUGUUCGGGCUGCCCUGGCUUCGUUGGGGGUCAACCCUGCCUGUUAUACAGGCCACAGUUUUCGGAUUGGGGCAGCCACAGCGGCAGCUCGUGCCUGA